CUCUCUCUCUCUCUCUCUAACCCCUAGCCCUGAUUUCAGUUUCAGGGUUUAGAAGAAGCUUUAUACCCAAAACCACACAAAACCCACCUCUCUCUCUUCGUGGAUCAUUCUCUUCCUCUCAACAGGUCACGAAACUCAUGGCUUCUUCAUCACCAUCAAAGCCUCCCUCACUCUAAACUAUUCUAUCUCUCUCUCUCUAUCUAUCUAUGUAUGUACUCUCAAAUGAAUUUGAGAAAGCUGUCAAUCACCAAUCCCUCCCCAAUCUUCUCACUCAUCAUCACUCGUCCUAUAACCUCCGUGACUUCCACUUUGGCCUCCCAAGACCAAGACCAACAACAAUCACAGCCGAUUUUGCAGCAUCAAAAUCAACCCAAAUUGUUUGAUCAGAGUUUUCUCACUUGGGUAACUUCAAUCCUCUCAAACCCAUCUCUAGAUUCAUCUAAAUGUAAAGACAUUCUAACCCAUUUGUCUCCUCACCAAUUCGAUACCCUUUUCUUCGACAUUAGGUUCUCUGUGAACCCCAAAACUGUCUUGCAUUUCUUUCAUUUUGCAUCUGAUUCUCAUGGGUUUAGGUUCACUUUGAGAUCUUAUUGUCUUUUGAUUCGUUUGCUGGUUUUUUCCAAUUUUGGUGACCCAGCUCGAUUGCUUUUGAUUAAAUUAAUUGAUUUUAAGCUACCUAUUUCGUUUAACAAUCCCAAGAAUAGGCAUCUUGAGAUAGCCAAUGUGUUGUCUGAUUUGAAUUCGGUGUCCGAGCGGGCUCUUAGUGUUCGGACUUUUGAUUUGUUGAUUCAUGUUUACUGUACCCAAUUCAAGAAUGUGGGUUUUCAUAUUGCAUUGGAUGUGUUUCGGUUGUUGGCGAGCAAGGGUGUGUAUCCGUCUUUGAAGACUUGUAGUUUUCUAUUGAGUUCGCUUGUUAAGGAUAAUGAGCUUCAGAAGAGUUAUGAGGUGUUUGACAUUAUUUGCCGAGGUGUUGUACCGGAUGUUUACCUGUGUAGUAUUGCAAUUAAUGCAUUUUGUAAGGGAGGAAAAGUUAAAGAUGCAAUGGGGUUGUUUCUCAAAAUGGAGAAGAUGGGUAUUUCUCCGAAUGUUGUUACCUACAAUAAUAUUAUACAUGGGCUUUGUAAGAAUGGGGAUUUAGACGAGGCUUUUAAGUUAAAAGAUCAAAUGACAAAGAAAGGAGUGAAGCCGAGUCUGAUCACGUACAGUGUCCUUAUUAAUGGGUUCAUGAAAUUGAAAAAAUAUGACAAAGCCAAUUGUGUUUUGAAUGAAAUGUUGGGAGAGGGUUUUGUCCCAAACGAGGUUGUGUAUAACACGCUGAUUGAUGGGUAUUGUAAAAUGGGAAAUGUCAAGAAUGCAUUGAAGUUGAGGGUUGAUAUGGUGUCCAAGGGGUUUAAUCCCAAUUCAGUUACUUUCAACUCGCUUAUCCUGGGUUUCUGCAAGAUUAAUCAGAUGGAGGUAGCCCAGCAGCUUUUGGAGGAGAUGCUAUCACAGGGUUUGUCUAUAAAUCCUGGUGCUUUUACUUCAGUUAUUCACCGGCUUUGUACAAAUUCUAGGUUUGAAUCUGCAUUAAGAUUCAUUAGGGAAAUGCUAUUGAGAAACUUGAUGCCAAAUAAUGGGUUGUUGGUAUCAUUAUUUGGUGGGCUUUGUAAGGAGGGUAAGCAUUCAGAGGCUGUUGACAUCUGGUAUAGGUUAUUGGAGAAAGGGUUUGCUCCUAAUAUGGCGACCUCAAAUGUUCUUAUUCAUGGUCUUUGUGAAUCUGGCAACAUGGCUGAGGCUGUGAGGCUUCUCAAAGAGAUGCUAGGGCGAGGUUUGCAAUUGGAUAGGAUUACAUACAACACACUUAUCUCACGGUGUUGCAAAGACAGGAAAGUUGAAGAAGGUUUUAAGCUAAGGGAAGAGAUGGAAAAGCAAGGAAUUCAGCCAGACAUUUUCACCUACAAUUUGUUGAUACAUGGGCUAUGUAAUGUGGGUAAGAUGGAUGAAGCUGUGGUCCUUUGGGACGAGUGCAAAAGGAAUCAUCUGGGUCCGAAUAUUUAUACAUACGGGGCCAUGAUAGAUGGAUAUUGUAAAGCUGAGAAAGUUGAAGAGGGGAAAAAUCUCUUUGAUGAGUUGGUCAAGGAGAAUAUGGAACUAAAUUUUGUAGUUUAUAAUACACUUAUUAGAGCCUACUGUAAAAAUGGUAAUAUGGUGGAAGCCUUUAGGCUUCGUGAUGACAUGAGAAGCAGGGCAAUUCCACCAACUUCUGCCACUUAUUCUUCUUUGAUUCAUGGAUUUUGCAAAAUUGGCCAUGUUGAGGAGGCAAGACUCCUUAUCCAGGAAAUGAGAAAGGAGGGAUUGGUGCCUUGUGUUGUUUGUUAUACUGCUCUUAUUGGUGGUUACUGUAAGCUACGUCAAUUGGAUAAAGUGGAAAAUGUUUUGAAGGAGAUGUCAUCGUAUGACAUAAAACCUAAUAAAUUUACGUACACUGUCAUGAUUGAUGGGCAUUGUAAAUCUGGCGAUGUGAAAGAAGCUGCAAGGCUUCUUGCUGAGAUGGUUGAAAAGGGCAUUGUUCCAGAUACUGUUACUUAUAAUGCAUUGACCAAUGGGUUUUGCAAGGAAGGUAAGGUAGAAGAAGGCUUUAAAAUAUGCAAUCAAAUGCCUCAGAGAGGAGCAGCUUUAGAUGAAAUUACAUACACCACAUUAAUUCAUGGGUGGCAGCAGCCCUCAACUGUUACAAAUCAAGAAUGAUCAGGGAACUUGUAAAGGUUUUGGAUUCAUCUUGUUUGUUUGGUUAUUGGUGCCUUGUUGGGACGAGUUGGUUUACAAAUUCUGCAUGUUCACAGGAGGUGACGUGUUUGCCAAUCAUAAGAUUGCAACAUGACAAAUAGCUUUUUUGGAUUACCAAUCUUAUGAAUCAUAUUCUAUGAAGCAUAGGUACUUCAACAAACAUGUCGUACAGGUACCGGGUACUUAUUGGGUAUUGGUAUUUUGCAUGGUACUUCUGUAUACAUAUCAGGUACAUGAAACACAUACUCAAAUGUUUUCUUCUUAAUUUUCGUUGUACCCCUAUUUAUGUAAAAUCAACAGUUUAGAGAAGUGUUUUGUUUCUGGUAUACAUUCUAGAAUCAAUGGACUUCAGAUUUUUGUGUUCUAACUUCUGACUUAAGAUUUGGUAGGUCUUGAGAGGAGGUUCAGUGAGUCUAACAGCAUAGUUGAUCAUUUUGAUGGAUGUGGUGGUCGACUACAGUGGAACUCCCAAAAGCCUAGAAAGCCAGACCACAAUGCGGUCGACCAUGUUCGCUAGUGGUCAACCAUAACAUAACUUGGUUGAUCGCACUUGGUACUUAAAAGAAAAAAGAACUUGUUAACUAGCUCCUCGAGGGCUAGACUAUAUAUACCAAAUACCCCAUAAUUAAAUUUCCUAUACACUCUCUACACUCUAAAUCACUUCUCUAAGGAGUAACUCACCUUGUGUGAGUGAGAUUGAGCUUGAGAAAUCAUUAUUGCACCUUGAGGCGAAAGCUUAAUCCUCCUGGAGUUCUCAUUGUGGCGGUAUAAUUUAUCAUCCUUGUUUAAUACAUACUUAAUGGAUACACUAUUGCCAUUACACACCUACAUUUUGGUAUAGAGACACCCUUGGAGCUCUAGGUGAGCUAUGUCACAAGUGUUGAUAUGUCUCCCGCCUCUUGCUAUAUCUAUGGGCAUUUUUUUUUUCCAACUUCGUUUUCAUUUCCUUUUGAUUUCAGUUUUGUUGAUUAAAUAAUGUCAAUGGAAAUCUAUAUAUAUGACCAAAUUGAAACUAGUGUAGGAAACAAAUUGUUCAAUUUGAAACACUGGGGAUCAAAGUCAAAUUUGGGUCAAACUAUAGGGGUUAAAACUGAAAUUACCCAAGAAAAUAAAUGGUAUUUUCUUUUUCUUUUUUUCUUCUUUCACUUGAGGUAUUAUACUAUAUUUAAUUUAGAGUUUUAACUCAAUCUGGGAUUGGAUUUGGAGCCUGCAGGUGGGUACUCUAACAGUGAGAUGCAAGAACCAAUCAAGCAUCAUGGUCCUACAUCCUGACGCUUCUAGCUUGAUUAGGUGUGCUGGCACAUUAUUAGAUUAUUUGUUUGCUGCAAAAGGCUGUAGGGUUACCUUCUCGUGGCUUUAAUGGAUAUCUGCUGUUUAAUAGAAUCUACUUCUUUAACUUUCACGUCUGCAACAAGGACUUGAAGAUAACAGAUUGCAUACAGCAUUUUAGUGAGAGCACAGAAUCAUAUUUUUUAAGUGGAUGAAAGGAAGAAGGCCAGUGAAAUGACUUCUGGAUCAAAGAGAAUCACUUCCCAUUCAUGGAUGCAGGUACUGGUCAACAUUCAGAGAUAACUAGUUUUAAGAUUAGCUUUAGACGCACUAUCCUAUUUGGUCUGUCCAUACGUUGUGAGUUCCAUAUGCUUGUUUGUCAGGGAAAGAACAUUGUCUUCAUAUAUAGUGGGGAUUCCACCUUGUUGAACUUAAGAGCUUUCUUGUCAAAAAGGCAAUGACUUACGUAUAUCUUUAUUUACUCACGUUCGAUCAAAGAUGCUGAGGUAUGAAACAGGACUACAGCUGAAGAUGAUUUGAAGUCAUGGGCUGAAAAACAUGUUCAGAAUCUGACUCAAGGGCUGCAACUAAUUCCGGCCAUAAGAUUGCCGAUACAGUCCAAGAACCGUCACCUCUAGCACUUGGCCUCUGGUUCAUAUAACCAACUCCAAUCCUUUCUAUGGUAGAACAGACGGUCCCAAGCACCGGACUUCCAAAGCCAAAGUCUAAUUCAACUACUGGAAACCUUCGUCCCGAUGACACAACAAGAGCAGGACCGGCACGACCUAAGACGAUCUUAGAUAGCAUCAAUCCAGGCCUAUGACACUCAAUCCAAUCAAUCAAGUCCAAGAAAUGAGUCUCAUUAGUUACCUUGGAAAUCGCCUCAUGAACAAUCUUGGCAACAUCUGAUAAGGACCCAUUCUUCAAUUCAACCAUGCUUGCCUCUCCAAAGCCCAGUGACAAGACAUUUCCAAUGUAAUUUGACAUGGAGUUCUGAUCUUUACUCAUUCUAGUUCGUCCAUCAACUAACCAACCCAUCUUGCAGUGUUUGUGACUUUCAUCAACGGCACGAACCAUGACCUUCCAAACAUAAGCAGAGAAAGCCUCGAUUUUGGUUC